GUCCUGGCAGGGAAGGCUGUGACGGAUUACGCGCGAAGGGCUGUGGGAAGCCUGGCAAGACGGGCUCCGCGCCGGCGCGCUGGAUUGUGGGUUCUGUUAGGCCUGUGCCAGAGCUCCAGCGGCGACUGACGCUUGCUGGCAUUGGUGUGGUUAUUGGUCAUAUCUGUAUCAAAAUGGACACUUAUUAUGAAACAUCUACUGAAAGUUCAGUUCGCUUUGAGUCGACUUGAUGUAGCCCAUCCCUCCUGCCAAAGUGUCAGAGAGUCAGAAUAUAAUUGGUUAUGCUAAAGAGGUUCAUUUUCAAGAGGCAAAUGUUAAACUUUUUAUGCCAGAGAAGUCUCAUAUUGUUCAAGCAGAACUGGAGAAACUGGGCCAUAUUCCAUAUGGUACAAUCCAUUUAGGAAGGGAUCGAAAAACUGAGCAGGAUAUGGAAGCCUGUCAAGGUAUUGAGCAACAAGGUGCAAGAUUGCAGUCUCAGUGGCAGAUUUCAGGUGAUGUGCCAUCUUACAAAAUCAACAGUGUAACUAGUGAUUUACCAUUCUCAGAAGCUGGACAGCAAAAUCAGACAUCAAUGGUUAAGAAGUCAGUUGGUCCGCAAAAGACCAGCAACAGUUUAACUGCCCUUGGCCUUUCAUCUAGGGAUCUGGGUGAAGUGGAGAGCUAUCCUAAAGACAAACUUACUCUUGAUUCUUUGCCGAAUAUUCUUAAACAGAUUAAAAAGAAAAGAGCUAUUUUGAAGCACAAUAAAGGUGAUAGUUCUCCACAACAAAGCCAAUCCAACAUGGCUUCCCGUGAUGAUGGAAUUGGAGAAAAAAAGUCAACAGAAACAAAUCUGGAAGGUCUGGACACUGUGCGCAAACCUCUGGUCAAUUAUGAAUAUGAUCCUUCCUCUGGAGAGUCAAGUGCUGGAUCUGAACAGGAAGGAAAAAGUACUGAGGUUUUCCAUAAAAAAGAGAGACAUUUUUCUGAAUCACCACGUCAUUUAAGUAAAUUUGAUUCUGAUUCUGAAUCAGAAUCUGAUUAUGAUGUUGAGGAAGUUCCUUUUCCAUGUGCAGAAGAUCAAUCUGUCCUUGAGAAAAAACGGAGAACUCCAAUUCUGCAAAACAUCAAGGAUUUUCUUGGUUAUUUUCCAGUGGUACUCCCACACUGUUGUUCACUUUGUGACAAAACAAUUAAUACUCUGCAGGAUUGGAAUCAGCAUACAAAUGAUCCAUUGCACAAACUACGUUGCCUGUUACUGCAGAGAGUCUACCCAGAUUGGGAUCCUGGAGAACUACCAGCUGCAAGGAAAAAUCCCUUUGAGAAAGGCAAGAUUUCAACUGACCAAAUCAAAAAUAAGGUGAAGAUGAAAACAAAUGCAGAUAUUCCUGUGCAAAGCUGGCGAGAAAACCUGAAAAACCCACAUAGUAGAAUUGUGGUACUUGGCAACCUGCCUUCAUCCGGUUUUUCAGAUUUUGAUACUGUGAGACUUGGUUCUACUUUUGGAAAAGUACUCAAAUACCUAAAAGUUGGGGAAAAGGCUUUCUUGAAAAUGGAUUCAGAGAUGGCCUGCAAUAACAUAGUUGAACACUUCAAGAAGAAACCUUUGUUCUACGGUAGAUUACUGACAGUAGAUCUAUCCUCUUCUCAAAUUCAACCGCUGUUAAAGAAACCAUCUGCAAAGAUUGAAGAACUGUUGAAUAAAGUAAACCAGGCAGAUAUGAGUACAAAAGAAUGUUACCUUGGCCCUAUCUUGAAGGAUAAACCUGAUAAUUUGAAGAAGCAUCUGAUGUCUGAAAGCGAGAGGAAGAGCUCUGAAAGUAGUGAGAGGGAAGAGUCCCACAGCUCCGAUGAAAGCAGUGAAGCAACAGAUUGGAAAAGCACAAGGACCGAUGAGAUAAUGCAGCAAAGAGACCCUGAAAGUCAUGAAAUAAUGGAGCAUCAAAGCCACACGAGUAGAUUGCAGGGUGGUGAUCCUGUAGGAGUGAUGUGGAGGGAUGAUAUUGCAAGAAGUGAGUGGUGGGAGGGUUGUGAGAGAGAGUGCAGAACUAGCCAUGAACGAGCACAGCAAAGAGGUAAUGUUGAGAGAGAUGAAUGGAAAAGCAGUAGUGAAAAAGGAGACUGGGACAACAGUGGUGAGAUUUGGGAAUGGAGAGCCAGUACUGAGAGUGACAGUAGAGUUCACAGAGGCAGCAGUGAGAGAGCCAUGUGGGGGGUUAGUGAGAGAGUAGAAGGUGCAUGGGGAGUUAGCAGUGAGAGGGGGGCAUGGGGAGUUAGCAGUGAGAGGGGGGCAUGGGGAGUUAGCAAUGAGAGGGGGGCAUGGGGAGUUGGCAGUGAGAAUGGGGCAUGGGAGGUCAGCAGAGAGAGAGAGGAGUGGAGCAUCAGUAGUGAGACAAGGGAGUGGGGUUUAGGCAGUGAGAGGGGUGAGUGGAGAAGUGGGGUUGAGAGGGUUGAAUGGGGGAACAACAGUGAUAAAAGGGAGUGGGUAAGCACUAGUGAAAGGGGUGAAAGGGGAGGCAACAGUGAGAGAAGGGAGUGGGGAAGUGGCACUAAGAAGGGGGAUAGAGAAGGAUCUGAGAUGAGAGAAUGGAGAACUGAUGAUACUAUAGAGAGUGCAGAAUGGGAAAACUACAAUCGCUAUAUUUCCAAGGACAUAAAGGACACAGAACUGAAGAAUGAUGUAGAAAGGAAAUCAGAGAAGGUUCAAGAGGAAACUCCUAUUCCGUUUUUGGAGAGUGACUCAGAAUUGGAAGAUCUAAUGGAAGAGUAUGAAUCAGAUGAAUUAGAGGAUACGCAGUAUGAAGCCAAGCGUGCAACAAAAGGAGUUGAAAGUCAAGCUGUUGUGGAAAUGGAUACACAGCAGCCAAUAUCUUUGAAGAAUAAAACUGGAGAACCUGGAUGUGUGGUCUAUGUUGGUGACUUGGUACCAGGCCGAUGUACGAAUGCUGAUUUAAUUCAUCUAGCUAAACUCUUUGGGAAGAUCAGUAAUAUUUUGCUAAUCAAAGGGAAGGGUGAGGGAUUUGUGGAGAUGCACAACAGUGCAGAUGCUCAAGCCAUGGUGAGGUGUUACAGAGCAAAACCACCUGUUAUUCAAGGCAACAUCAUCAAAGUGGAAUUGAGCCAGAAAUAUAAGAAGUUGCAUUUGAAGUUUCCUGGGACAAAACCAACUGGUGGUUUUGUGUCUUCCUUUGGAGCAUUUCAGCGAAAGCAGUUUGGUGCCCCUCAAGGUAAACCUGGGCCUGAAGAAGACAUCUUAGCACCAACAAGCACACCAACUUUAGCUGAGCUCAGAGCUAAAUAUUCAGCACAACUUCUGAGGUGGGCCAAUGUACCAGUUGAGGGUAACAUGCCGACUAAAGGUAAGAGGUGGAAUCCACAGACUUUUGAAGGAAAAGAACUGGACUGUUUCAGAUUCUUACCAUAUGCUUUCAAAAUUCCAAUGUUAGAAACUCAUGAACAAUACCUACAGAGUUUUACUGGGACUCCUGAUCUGUUUGAGCUAGACACACCAAAGAUAGAUGAAGCAUUUCUUCAACUCCUGAUGGGUAAGAAAGUUGUAAGUUCACGUGAGGAUCUGGAGAUGCUGCUCGGUGAACCAGAGAGAGUGUUUUGCAAGGCACAGUCAAAAGUAGCAGAAAUUAUAGGCCCACUUAUGCUUGCCAUACAGAAUCAUGAAUUGGAUGAUUUGUCUGGAAAAUUAGAUACUCUAACUUCUGAACAAUUAAUAGAGAGACUACAGACAACAAUAAUUUCGUGUCAUCAGUCGAUAGUAUGGGCUGGACAGACUCACUGCUGGCUGACUGGCCUUCGGACCGAGAAUUUGUUGCAGUUAUUCAAAUUUGGCAAGAAUUCUAUAAAACCACAGAACUAUCCAAAUAUGACAUCAUCUGACCUACUGGGUGCUGAACUUGUGGAACAAAUACAAAAGAAAGCUGAGGUUUUGAAGCGUGUGACUACCCUACCACCAGCAACGAAAAUACCACCCAUCAACGUAUACAAGAAGAAAAAAGUUUUCCAGAAACAGCAGAGGUGGCAACAACCCUAUUAUCGUAAUUCAAAGUCAUUCAGAGGCCGCGGAAGAUCAUUUAGUGGACAUCUUCGAGGACACACUUUCUUUUAG